AAAGGCUGAAAACAACACUGAAGAAGAAGACGGGAGAGAGGAGCACGUUUAUCACACAAGUAUAGAUAAAACAAAGUAUGGAGAGUGUGACCGAGUGAGAAAGACAUAUUUAAUACUUCGUUGGAGGAGAAGAGCAAGAAAAAAACAGGCCACAACAUGAGUCAUCACAGGAUCCCAAUGUUGGCUCUUCACAGCUCACAUUUUCAGCUUUUUUACAUGCUACAGACACGAUGCAUGUCACAAGCCCAGUUUCCAGUGAUCACGAUACCUGUGGCAUUGCAAGAGAGGCGGAAAAGGGAAAAACUGAAAGAGAAUAAGAAUAAGAGAGCCCUUCAGAUUCAUCAGUCCAGAAAGGGGAAUCAUAAUAUUCCAAUAAUAAGUUGCCGAAGGAAGGAACUGAACCAUUACUUGGGACAGUCAUACAACAAAUUUGCUGAGGUUCCGCUGGCCUCCAACGGUUGGCUCCAUAAGAAGGCAGCAGGUGACUUCUUCACUAUCAAUGGCCAUGGUCCAAAUCCAGCUUUUGCAGACUGUGAUAAUGAGGAUGAAGACUUCACCUCACUUGGACUGGAGAAGAAUCUUGUUGCUCAGUUAAACAAAAUGGGGUUUGAGAGGCCAACUAAUAUACAAUCUCUGGCAAUACCACAUGUUCUGGAUGGAAAAAACACACUCAUUACUGCAGAGACAGGUAAUGGGAAAACUCUGGCAUUCAUCGCUCCAAUGUUGCAGCAAAUAGCAGAGAAAAAGAAAGUGCAGUCUGAGCUACCAAUGAAUUCCCCAAGAGGUCUUGUCAUGGUGCCUGGCAAAGAGCUGGCAGCACAGAUUCAUGGUGUUGCAUCACAAGUAGGAGAGGGUUUAGGAAUUAAAGUGAAGCUGCUCACUGGGGGAGGGACCAAGAAAAAGAUGCUCACUCCACCCAUGUCCCAGCAGGAUCUGCUAGUGGCAAGCUUUGGUGCUAUGUCAAAGUUAACUACAGUUGGGGUGUAUGACAUGAGCUUCCUGACCCACAUCACUUUGGACGAAGCCGACACACUGCUUGACGACUCCUUCAACGAGGAGGUCACUCGCUUCAUCACCAAACAGCCAAUACAAGGUUCAGGAGAUGACGAGCAGCCAGAAGUCUUGUCAGGGGCACAACUCACCCUGGUGGCUGCAACGACACCUACGAGCCUUGCCAAGAUCCUGGACCCCAUAGUAAAUCUUGAUUCACUGGUGCAUCUUUCCACACCUCACCUGAACCGUUCCAUGCCCCAUGUCCAUCAGCGCUUCCUGCGGGUCAACAGCAAGACCAGAACGGAGAAGCUUCUAAGUAUUGUGAAGAAGGAUGUAAAGAGAGGAAGCCCUGUGAUCAUAUUCAGCAACAAGAGCAGCACUUGUGACUGGAUUUCCAUGCUCCUCAAUGAGAAUGGUGUGCGCUGCAUGAACCUGAAUGGUGCCACGUCCUCGUUCCUCAGGGAAAAGCACUACAAGGCCUUCACUGCUGGUGAAGUGAAGGUGCUGUCCUGCACUGAUCUCAUCUCUCGUGGUCUUGAUACAUACAAGGUGCCGCAUGUGAUCAACUUUGACUUUCCAAGUUAUGUCGCUGAUUACAUCCAUCGGUGUGGGCGCACAGGGCGGGUCGGUGGCGCCUCUUCCUCUGUUGUCACCAACCUGGUCCACCAGCCAUGGGAAGUAGAGUUGGUCAAAAAGAUUGAGUAUGCAGUCAGGAAGGGAGAGGAAUUCCACAAUGUGAAUGCCAAUAUUAAAAGGAUAAUUACAGCAAGAAUUCAAAGAGAGGAGGAACAGAUGUUGAAAAGCAUAGUAUAGAUCCCAAACAUGUAACUCAUGGAGGAAGAAUAUCCCUAGGUAGGCCACCAGGUAAAAAUAAAUGAUAUAUACAUGUACAGCAUCACUUAGUUUCUCAGCUAUAUCUAUCUAUCUAUCUAUCUAUCUAUCUAUCUAUCUAUAUCUAUAUCUAUCUAUCUAUCUAUCUAUCUAUCUAUCUAUCUAUC